AUGAAAAAACGAACGGAAAAAAUACUAAAUCUGACGCGGCGUGACGAGAGUAAUCUACUUUUUUUACCAGAUUACGAGACAACAAAGGGUUUACAAACAUAUUAUAAAAAUAAAGCAUUAACCCAUCUAAGUUUGACAGCUGCUGCAAAAGGUGAGCUAAAAGAUGUCUAUGAUUUUGAAGAUCAUGAAGAAAAAGAUGUACAGCUAGUUAAGAGACACAAUAUUGAGAAAUCCAAUGAAGAAAUAAAUAAAAAAAUAGUUGUAUUGGAAGAUCAACAAAUAAGACCGCAACCAGACCACACCAGUGAGAAAAUUUUAGAAGCGUACUCUCCUCUUAGACAUGUACCUCGAAGACAAAGACCCAAUAAAGAAAUGGAGAAAAAAAUAGUUAUAUUGGAAGAUCUACAAAUACUACCACCAUCAGACAUCACCAGUAAGGACAUUUUAGGAGCGUACUCUCCUCUAAGAAAUGUAACUCGAAGACAAAGAGAACCGUCAGAAGAAUCUAAAGAAAACUAUGAUAUUGAUGAAAUGGAAGAACCUUCUCGAUCUUCUGGGAGUGAGUAUCUACCUUCAAGCGAUGAUGAGGAAAAUGAAGAAUUUCCGCUUAUACGUUAUGAAAGAAUUAGUAAAGCUGAAGGUAAAAGUACCAAAAAAACAAAAAAAUAUAUAAGCAACAAUUAUUCUUACAAGUCUAAUGAAAUAUCCACAACUACUACCUUGCUUGAUCAAAAUUUAAAACCAAAAGAAGAAAGCUUUGAAUUAGAAACUACAAGUAAGCACGUAGACCCUUUUAUAGUUAACUUCGGUAAAUUUGUAGGACCCUCUCAUGUUAAAGUUGAGUCACACUUCAGUCGUUCACAAGACAAAAAAACAACAUGUCCGUAUUGCUUGGACGAUGUAACCCAUUUUGCACGACACUUGAUUAGAAGACAUUGUGAUCAAGGUGCUGUUAAGGAAUUUUCGUCAUUUCCUCAAAAUUACCACAAAAGAAAAUUAUUGUUAGAUGCUAUUCGCCGUCAGGGAAAUUUUGUUAGUUCCUUAUCAACUAAUAAUAUAAGACCUGUACGAAGACCCAAGGAAGCUGAAGAUGUAGAUACAUCAUUAUUUGUUUCUUGCCCCGAUUGCAUGGGAUUCUUUAGAAGAACGUAUUUAAGAAGACAUAGAAAGCAAUGUCCUGCCAGAUCUAAAUGUAAAACUGUCAAACGUGAAAAUCAUUUAUCUUUAUCACAAGUAUUCACUGUAUGUUCAGGUGUACACGGUGAUUUUCUUGCUUCUUUGCGUUUAAAAAAAGAAGUUUUUCCAAUUAUGCGAAGUGACGAGAUUUCAAGAACUGCUAUGAAAGAUAUGCUCAUUUGCUCAUAUGCUGAAAGCUUGCUAAGAAAGCACAAGCGUGCUCAAAUAAGAAAUGUUAUCUCAAAUAAAAUGAGAGAAUUGGGACGACUUCUUAUAAGUUUGAGAAAUACAACUGGAAUUCAACUACUAUUUGAUGCUUUGAAACCACAGUUUUUUGAUAAUAUUGUCGGAGCUGUAAAAGUUAUUAGCGGAUAUUGUGAAGAAACCAAAACCUUUCAAGCGAGCAGUUUGGCACUACACAUGGGGACCACGCUUAAACAAGUUUGUGACAUAGCUACAAAGAAUAUUAUACAGAAAAGUCCUAUUAUAAUCUGUACUACUGCCGAAGAAAGUCUUAAAGACAUUAAGCGUUUAAAAAAUCUUAUUGAAAACCAUUGGACAUCUGAGAUUUCAAGCCUUGCACUGAAAAAUUUAAAGGAAAAUAAUUAUGUUUCUCCAAAAUUGUUGCCAUUGACCCAAGAUGUUAUAAAAUUCCAAACUUUUGUAAUGAACGAAGCCCAUGAAGCUUCAGAUGCAUUGAAGAAGAAUAUCCACAUUAAGUUGAACUAUCGAAAGCUGAUCGAGUCUGUCUUAGCAUUGACAUUAUUAAUAAAUAGAAAGCGCAUUGGGGAAAUUCAGUACCUAAAAACCGAGACUUAUAAUUCAACAGUCAGUGAAAACCAGCAAACCGAGUUUCUAGAUUGUCUUUCAAAAACUGAACAAACUUUGUGCAAGAAUUACAAAAGAGUAGUGACCGGUGGAAAAGGAAGCAGACCUGUUGCAAUUUUAUUUCCACCGGACCUUCAGAAAUUCAUUGAACUUCUUCUAAGUUUCCGAAGUAUUUGUGUGACUCCGACAAAUCCGUAUUUAUUUGGUAAUCCUAACACAGAGCUGUGGUUGAGUGGCUAUCAUAUUGUGAAAAAGCUGGCGACAAAAGCUGAUGUUUCGGAUACAACUCUGUUUACAUCAACCCGUUUAAGAAAACAAAUUGCCACAUUAUUGCAAGCAAUCAAUAUUAAGGAUGACGAAAUGGAACAGUUUGCUACUUUCAUGGGACACACCAAAAAAACACAUGAAUCGUAUUAUAGGCUUCCUCAAGACUUGUAUCAGACAGCAAAAGUUGCCAAAUUACUUAUCGCUGUUAAUAGUGGACAAGUAGCAAAGUAUAAAGGAAAAUCCCUUGACGAAAUAACUUUGUCAGACAAUGAAUCAUUGCUGGAUGAGACUGAAGCAGAAAAACCUUUAUUUCAUGAUCAAAAUAUUAAUGAAAAUGAAAUAGAAGAGACGUGGGAACAGCAAUUCGGAGAACAAGCAAUGAAAAAUGCGGUAUUAGAUGAAAGGGAAAAUAGUAUAAAAAAAGGAAAGCGAGGAAAGUGGAAUUCAGAGCAAAAAAAUGUAUUGAAAACAGCUUUCAAAGAUCACAUAAAAAACAAAAAAGCUCCGAGAAAAGAAGAAACCGAGUUGAUAAUGAAAAAACAUAAAGAUUUAUUCAAGGAUAAGACGUGGGCCACAGUGAAAGCUUUUGUUUAUAACUGUUAUAAAGGUUAAACAAUUGCUAAUUUACUUUAAAUAUUUUAGACUUGCACUGCGCUAGUAUAAACGUUUAAUUUUAUUUCAAUGUUUAAUAAUUAUUUUAGUCAUUCUCAGCAUUAAUUAUAAAUAAGAUAAAAUGUAAAAUAGCUAUUAACCAAAUAUUUAAUGAAGUACUCGUAUUUACUUUUGUACUUUUUUUUUUCU